GACACUCGGCGAUGCUAACCAGGCACUCCGUCGUGUAGAGAGGACCAGCCCCGCUGUCUGUCCACAUUCUGCGGCUUUUCUCGGUUCAGUCUCGGUCGUCGUCGUCGUAGUCGGCGGCGGUGGUGGAGGAGGGAAAGAGACCGAGACCUUUUCUUUUUUUUAAAACAGGAGGAGGUGGAGUUUUUCCAACCGCGCUUCAACAACUCCAGGUGACCAGGCAUCUGCUGCAAUGUUAACCCAGAGCUGAGGCGACAGAUUACCUGACAGCAUACACCAGUCAUGGAGUUCAACAAAUUGGUGACCCUGUGGAUAUUCUGCUUGUGUUUCAUUGGAGAAAGCUUCACCGAAAAGCCGAGUUCACCUACAUCAGACAGUCAGACUGCUGAAAACGGGCGAGAUUUUUGUCGCAUCGAUGAGCUACUAUGCAAGGAUGAGAACGCCAUUCUCAGCUACGAGGCCAUCCGUAGUAUCCACAAGCAGAUGGAUGAUGACGCAAACGGCAAUGUAGACGUGGUGGAGACAGACGGCUUCCUGAGAGAAGAUCUAAACUACCAUGACCCCAAGGCCAAGCAUAACAGCUUCCACGGGGACGACCAGUUCAUCAGUGUGGAGGAUUUGUGGAACGCAUGGAGGGGCUCUGAAGUGUAUAACUGGACAGUGGAUGAGGUGGUGGAAUGGCUCAUCACUUAUGUGGAACUGCCACAAUAUGUGGAUGCAUUUCGCAAGAUGAAUUUUAAUGGAAGCGCCAUGCCAAGGUUCGCUGUAAAGAACACCACUCUGACACUCUCCAUACUGAAGAUUCUGGAUCGCAGCCACGUGCAAAAGUUGCAGCUGAAAUCUUUGGACACCGUUCUGUUUGGAGCCCCCCUGAUGAAUAGACAUAACCACCUGAAGGACUUCAUGCUGGUAGUGUCAAUAGUCAUCGGCAUGGGUGGCUGCUGGUUUGCCUACAUCCAGAACCGUUACUCCAAGGACCACAUGAAGAAGAUGAUGAAAGACCUGGAGGGCCUGCAGAGAGCCGAGCAGAGUCUGCAUGACCUACAACAGAAGCUGCAGAUCGCCCAGGAGGAGCACCGCACAGUCGAGGUAGAGAAGGUGAACCUGGAGCAGAAGCUGAGGGAUGAGAUCAACACAGCCAAGCAGGAGGCCCAACGACUGAGGGAGCUGCGAGAGGGCACAGAAAAUGAACUGAGUCGCCAGAAGUACGCCGAAGAAGAGCUGGAACAGGUGCGCAUGGCAUUGAAGAAAGCAGAGAAGGAGUUGGAGUCUCGUUGUAGCUGGUCACCUCCAGAGUCUCUCCAGAAGUGGCUGCAGCUCACCCAUGAGGUGGAAGUGCAGUACUACAACAUCAAGAAGCAAAAUGCUGAACGGCAGCUCCAAGUGGCGAAAGAAGGGGCAGAGAAGAUAAAGAAAAAGAGGAAUACUCUCUUUGGGACUUUCCACGUGGCUCACAGCUCCUCUUUGGAUGAUGUGGACCACAAAAUACUGGCAGCAAAACAAGCUCUGGGUGAGGUGACGGCCGCUCUGCGGGAGAGGCUUCAUCGCUGGCAGCAGAUAGAGCUCCUCACAGGUUUUACCAUCGUCAACAACCCAGGCAUCCCUUCUCUGGCCUCAUCCCUCAACCUUGAUCCCACCUUCAUGGGCGGCAGAGCUACACCUCAGCACUUCAUCAUGUCUGACGACAUGGACGACAUGGACGAGGAUAUCGUGCCUGGAACUCUGCAAUCUCCCAGUAUGAUGUCCCUGCGUCAACGCCACAUUGACCCCCAGCUGGCCAUGGGCUCCCAGAGGGACCUAAAUCGCUCCGACUCCGACUCCUCCCUGUCCCUCUCCCAAGUUGGCGAUCGACUAUCUGCCUACAGCUCCAAAGGCCACCUAAUCAAGCCCACCUCUCUCAUGCACAGCCUCUCUGGCCGUGCAGAUGAUGCUAUCUCACUGCAUGCUCACACCCCCAACGGAGGGAACCGCAUCCAUGAAGCCAGCGCUGCAGAGACCACCCCCGACAGCCCCAUACUCAUGAAGAACGUGUACGGCAUGGAGAAAUCGCCCAGCCUGGGAGAGAUGAACAGCCUGUCAGAGUCUUCCCGCUCCCUCAGCCCCAAUUCCACUGAACCCGACACACCGUCACCUACAGGAGGAGGGCAACCGGGGGCCGUCGGGGCAAAGGGCAAUACCCGCAUCCCACAGCUGUCCUCCAAGAAGAGCCCCCUGGAGGAGGACAGUGGCUCUACAGGAGAAGACACAGAUUCCACUGCCAGCCGCAAGAAACACACCUUCAAGAUCUUCAAGAAACAGAAAAAAUAAGGGCUACAUGAACUACAGGCUGUCAAAGCUGACUGUAUUCCUCUGGUCUGUUUUUGGAGAAAAAAAAAAAAGGUUUUUGGGGUUCAUUGAUGGCACAAGUUGUUGCCGUUGCAUUUUUUGUAGGUACAACACCUACGCCGAGAAACUGGACUGUGGGAGCAACCAGCUGUUGAGUUUUAUCUGCUUAUUUGGUCAAUGUUGAAUAUGUGGGGAGUGGGUAGGUUUGUAUAUUGGAAUGUAAAGUAUUAUUUAUUCUGCAGGAAAUUGUGCCAGUCUCAAAGGGAAAUGUGUCUCCCAAGUGGGUUUUUCUUUCUUGUUCUACAAUCUAUAACAUUUUGCAUGUCUUCACUUUUGUUUGACUGAUAUUCGAAUGCUCUUAGUGUUUGCUUGGUUCUUGUCGUUAACCUGCUUAGACAACACUUGAUGUUUCUUUUAUUACUACCUAACCACCUAGCCUACAAAUCCAAAGUGAAUGCGCGCACCUUUUUUCACUACUUUGUACUUUGUUCUUAUUGAUGGUUACAAGUUUUUCUGUCUUUUGUUGUCUUUUUCUUCUUGGCAGAGCAAAUGACACAGAGGAUCCUCAAACAGAUAUAUAGUCAUAAAAAGCUUAGGCUAUUAUAUUAGUGACUCAAAUUUCCCUUUUGACUGUUAAAAAAAGUGUUGUUUGAGCACAGUACAGCAACAGUAGCUAUUUGAUUUAACUCAUAUACUCUCUAUAAGUGGAAAAACAAUGUGGAUUAAAAAGGUUUAAUAAGAAUUUGAAACCUGAUAAAAGUUCAGUCUCUCCACAAAACUAUGAUAUGACCCAUCUAAUUGCAGCUUUUGCAUUAUUUUUAGGGUUGAGUGCAUGUGAGCAUGUGCGAGAGAGGUGCUUUGCUAAAAAUGUCCAGCUUUUAAACGAUGCCAACAAGUUGAACAAGUGUUAUAAAAUCAUGAUUAAUGUCCUUUUAGUGUAAUUAGGUAGAAAUUUUACCAACGAGAAUUACCAAAAUGGUCAAAAGAACAGUCUGAAAAUAUCAGAGACUGUAUGGCAAUGAGUUUUUAUCUGACUGUGUAUCAAAAAUGUGGAUACACUUUAUCCAAAGUGUGCAGUAAAGAAGGUGAGAAACGACAUAUUAAUCAAAGAUGUUGACACUUUUUGUUUUUAAAGGUGUUACUGUUAAUAAAUUGGAUGUUGGAUGAAUGAGAUCCAACACCGAACAGGGUGUAAGUUUAACUCUCGGUUCCUCCUAUCCUCUGUCUUAUUGUUUGUUGUUUUACUGAUUUAUUUAGGUGGUCAAUGGCUGCAGUUUGUCAGUGAGGGAUGGGUGCUGGUAAGGGCUAUAAGUUACAAGGCAAAAAAAUCAUUUGCUCUGUAUAAGAUGAGAAAUUUCAAGUUGUAACCGCUUUGUAAUCCACCAGUCAAAGUGCCAAAUCACUAUUUCUGUCAGAGGCCUUUGUAUUUGUAGAGUGUUUGGCCCUUUGUGCCCCUUUGACACAGAACAUACAGCCACGUGAUAUAUGUACACAGUGUGUGAUGUAUAUCCUGAGGUUAAAUACUGAAUGUCCAAGGUUAUCGUUACUGUAACAGUAUCCUCAAUCCAGUAUGUUUACAUUUGUUACAGAUCCUCUGAUUACAACCAAGAACAUUGUGCCAGUUUUAAUAUUGACGGCUUCGUACGAGCACAGAACUAUGCAUCAGUAGUUUGUAGGUGAUUACUAAAGUAGUAAGUAGAAAGGACACCUAGGGCGUUCCUGACCAAUGAACAACCAAAAAGUGCUGCAAAAGACACAGUCGGCCUCCCCCAGCCUCAUAAUGUAACAGGUGGUUUGGAUGUAUUAGACAUGUUUUGCUUUAGAAACCAGUUCAAAAUAUAUAUAUCGAUUUCCUACUGGUACUUUUUUAAAAGUGUCAUUUGUACCUUUUUUGCACGACAGAGCUGUAAAUGUAUUACGCCAUCAGGAUGAGUGCGAGUGUGUGUGUAUGUGUGUGUGUGUGUGUGUCCGUCUGCUCCCAGUACACUGUAAUGUUGAUGCAUGUCAACUGCUGUAACGAAACCUAUAUUGGGUUAAAGAGUGGAUCAGCUUAAGCUCCUUACUCCCCACCCUACUUUUUCUUUCUCUUUCUUUUGGGCUUCUAUUUAUGAAUACAUACAGUAUAUUUGUACAGAGAAAAUGAUAAUUUUGCAUCUUCUGUGAUGGUCUAGACUUUUAUGGCACUCCUGCAUGAUAGCAAUAAACUAUUUUGAAUGAAA